UCAAGUAGCCUUUGCCUGUUUCCUUGGGAUUUUGAAUGACAGUUGUCUGCCCAUUUUUUCGACAUUUGCACAGUUCAUUUGGCAGCAGUCGUCGACGUUGACUAAGAACUACGUGAAGAAAAUGACCAAGGUGCAGGCUAACAAGCCAAAGGAUGAAGGUGAGCCAGCUGUCAAGCGUGAGCGCCGGGAGGCGCAUUCGCACAAGAGGGAUCGCAGGGAGCGCAGGAUCCGCAGGAACCGCAAGGAUUCGGCUACCGCAAGUUCCUCCUACUUGAGGAACCGCUCGCCAACGCCUUCGAAUGCCUCAAUGAGCAGCGAGGAGGGAAGCAGCGACUCCAGCUACUCGGAUUCGAGCUACAGCUCCACCGGAUCCUCUAGCUACACCAGCUACUCUAGCUCCACCAGCAGCAGCUCCUCGUCCAGCGACAGCGGAGAGAAGCCGGAGGGCGUAGGUAAGAAAUCGGAGCGCUCCAAGCAUUCCUGUUGCCGGCGCCGGCACCAUCGUCACCAUCGGCGCCACCAUCAUCCGCGUCACUCUCAUCGUCACCGACGCGGCCACCGCCGCCAUCAUUCCGACCAUGGACGCUCCUCGAAGCGUUUGGCCAGGAAGAGUCGUCGCGGAGUGUCCUGCGCCAAGGCAGCAAGAGUAGUCAAGGAGGAGGGUGCUGCCGCUGCCUCCGGGGUUAUACAAAUACCGACCCCCAUUCCCCUACCCGUGCCGGCACCCAUUCCGGCAGUGCUGCCCGGUCCGGAGCACCAACACCAGCAGUGCUCCCACUCUCAUAACCAUCCUCGUCGUCGCGGAGAGUCCUCCGCCAAGGCAGCAAAAGUAGUCAAGGAGGAGGGUGCUGCCGCUGCCUCCGGGGUUAUACAAAUACCGACCCACACUCCCCUCCCCGUGCCGGCACCCAUUCCGGCAGUGCUGCCCGGUCCGGAGCACCAAGACCAGCAGAGCUCCCACUCUCAUAUCCAUCCUCGUUCGCAUCCUCAGCCCGUGCCGGCUCCGAUUCCGGCUCCUGCUCCGCGCAUGCGCUGCUCCGGCUCGCACACCGCCUCGGGCACCCGCGGCCACAACCAGGCCAUAACCCAGUCCGGCACAGCAACCGUCACCAAGACCAUUGCUAACAUCACUGCCCCGGCCGCCAGCCACUCAAGUGGCAAUGCGAACACCUCUAGUGCCAAAGGCAAGGUUGGCGGCUCACGAAUCUCCCGCACCUCCAGCAGUGCCUACCAGCCCACGAAGGUGGCCAUCGACACUCCCGCUGCCGCCAAGCCGGCCCAUCAAGCCAAGACGUCAGUGGCUGCCGCAACCCCGAAAGCCCCAAUGAGGACUAGCCACAACGCCAGUUCGAGCCACUCCAGCAUCUCCCAUUCCACCUCGUCCAACGCCAAGCCCCCGUCAAGCAAGGAGCAAGCCAAAAAUCCUCAGCCGCGUCGCUCGCACUCCAAAGGCAAGUCGCCAAACGAAGAUCGACCACGUCCAGGUUCUGCCACGCCCACAAGUGGGGAGCCCAGCCGCCAUGGCAGAAAUGGUCGGAGUGACAACUUUCAGUGGAACCAGCGCCGCAACAACAACUCAGGAGGAAGACGUUCACAUGGAGGAACGGACGGCGAGGCCAACCGAAUGAGCUUCCGUAACGGAAAGGACGGCUUCAAGUUCCGCCAACCUGUGCGCAUUGUGCGUUUGCACAUCAAGGGACUGACGCGACAAGUGACCAAGGAGCACAUAACCGAGAUCUUCGGCCACUUCGGCGCCCUCACCGCAGUCGACUUCCCAUUGGACCGCUACCUGGGGCGCCAGGGGCGUGGCUACGCCUUCGUGGAGUACGCUCGUCCGGAGGACUGCGCCUGUGCCAUCAAGCACAUGAACGGCGGCCAGAUCGACGGCAAGCGGAUCACGGUGUCCGCCUUCCAGGAGAGCAUGCUGAAGGCCCCGUGGCGCCACUACCGCCGCUACUCGCCGGUCAAUCGGCGCCAGCGCACGGUGUCCUGUUCCCGCUCGCGCUCUAAGUCAGGAUGUCAGUCCGCCCGCGGCUCGCGUUCCACCUCCGGCUCGCGUUCUCGUUUCCGCUCCAAAUCGCGAUCGCGCUACAACCGUCGGUAUCGCACCCGCUCGCGCUCCAGCUCCCGCGGGCGCGGGCGCGGCCGCUCCCGCUCCCGCUCCUCGCCGCGAUACGGGAAGUACAACCGCCCCGGCUCGCGUUCGCCUUAGGCAAGUACUGAAUAAAUCGCCAUACUGCGUGGAAACAGACCACGGCGAGUCAGUAUGUCCAGGAAUCGGGCGAUGCUUUUCUGUAAUUCCCCUAAUAAAAUUGGAGUGCAACGGACAUAUCUUUGCUCAAAGCAAGCUUGCGUACUUGGUUUGGGACUAACAAGGGAUUGUAAAAUGCACUUGAAUCUAUUCCAAUAAAUCGUAGUUCGUUGA